AGCCAAGCAGGGUGCAGACGGCUGCUGAGUCUGGGGCUGGUCAGGAAAUCAAGGAGACUGUUCACCAUGGAACCACCAUCGCCCCACCAGGCCUCCCAAACCCAGCUCGCAGCCCCUACCUCCCUGAGCUCCUACCGCUGGCAUACUGGGAGUGGUGGUGAGAAGGGGACGGGAGGGUUCCGUUGGAGCCGCUUUGCAGGCUGGGGAAGGGCACUGAGCCACCCAGAGCCUGCAGCCAGCAGCCAGCCAGCACCCCGCUCGCUAUUUCGUCGUGUCCUCUCUGUACCUCCAAAGGAUACUCGGAUCAACAGAUUCCGGCUAUCCAAGACCCGCUGGGGGAGGCCAAAGAACCCAUCCCCGGAGCCAGAACCAGAGCCAGAGGCCUCAGAGCCAGAGCUGAAGCCAGAGCCAGAGCCUUCUGCCCCACAAAUCCCAGAGGCCCCCACACCAGAUGUGCCUGUCUGGGAUAUUGGGGCUUUCACCCUACUUGAUGGAAAACUGGUGCUGUUUGGGAGUGAGGAGGAGGGUCGUCGAACCCGGGCAGGGAGUGGAAGCUCUGAGACCAGCACCCAGGCAGCCAUGGGGAACCUCAGGGAUCCAGAUCGGACUCCUGGAAGAAAUGAACCAGAGGCUGCUGGCCCCAACCAGGUCCACAAUGUUCGGGGAUUACUCAAGAGGCUGAAAGAAAAGAAAAAGGCCAAGCUGGAGCUGGGAGCCAAUAUUCCCCGGGAUGGGCCCCCCAGUGCUCUGGGCUCACGGGAAUCGCUCGCCACACUCUCCGAGCUGGAUCUAGGCGCCGAACAGAACGUGCGAAUCUGGCCACUGCACCCUAGCCUUCUUGGGGAACCCCACUGCUUCCAGGUCACGUGGGCAGGCGGAAGCCGCUGCUUCUCAUGCCGCUCAGCCGCCGAGAGGAACCGCUGGAUUGAGGACCUUCGUCGACAGUUCCAGUCCAGCCAGGACAACAUGGAACGGGAAGAGACGUGGCUGAGCGUUUGGGUGCACGAAGCAAAGGGUCUGCCGCGAGCAGCGGCAGCGGGCGUGCGCGCUGAGCUGUGGCUGGACGGCUCACUGCUAGCGCGUACAGCGCCGCGGUCCGGCCCGGGUCAGCUGUUCUGGGCUGAGCGCUUCCACUUCGAUGCUCUACCGCCCGCACGGCACCUGUCGCUAAGGCUGCGUGGCGUGGGACCAGGAGACGCGGCACUGGGCCGCGUGGCGCUGGCGCUGGCGGAGCUGGGCGCGCCCUGCGGCCCUGCAGCCGGCCUGGAGCGCUGGUUCCCGCUGCAGGGAGCGCCGGCGGGCGCAGCACUACGGGCACGGGCCCGAGCGCGGCGACUGCGAGUGCUGCCGUCCGAACGCUACAAGGAGCUGGCCGAGUUCCUCACCUUCCACUAUAAGCGCCUCUGUGGGGCGCUCGAGCCCGCGCUACCCGCGCAGGCCAAAGAAGAACUAGCAGCCGCCAUGGUGCGUGUACUGCGGGCCACCGGCCGAGCGCAGGCACUGGUGACAGACCUAGGUACCGCAGAACUGGCGCGCUGUGGAGGGCGCGAGGCGCUGUUGUUCCGGGAAAACACGCUGGCCACCAAGGCCAUUGACGAGUACAUGAAGCUGGUGGCACAAGAUUACCUCCAAGAGACCCUGGGGCAGGUUGUACGAUGUCUCUGUACCUCCACUGAGGACUGCGAGGUGGACCCCAGCAAGUGUCCUGCCCCUGAGCUACCCCAGCACCAGGCCAGGCUGCGAGAAGGCUGUGAGGAGGUCUUCGAGAACAUUGUCCAUUCCUAUGACUGGUUCCCAGUAGAGCUCGGCACUGUGUUCUCAGGCUGGCGAGAAGCAUGCAAGGCCCGAGGCUCUGAGACACUGGGCCCACGGCUGGUAUGUGCCUCCCUCUUCCUUCGACUCCUGUGCCCUGCCAUCCUGUCACCCAGCCUAUUUGGCCUAGCCCCAGAGCACCCAGCACCUGGCCCAGCUCGCACCCUCACACUGAUCGCCAAAGUCAUCCAGAACCUCGCCAACCGUGCCCCAUUUGGUGAGAAGGAAGCCUACAUGGGCUUCAUGAAUAGCUUCCUGGAGGAUCGAGGCCCGGCCAUGCAACACUUUCUGGACCAGGUGGCCACGGUAGAUGUGGAUGCAGCACCCAGUGGGUACCAAGGCGGCAGCGACCUGGCCCACCAGCUGGCAGUUCUGCAUUCCCAACUCUGCACCAUCUUUGCUGAGCUGGACCAGGCUACCCGGGACAGCUUGGAACCUCUGCCCACCAUCCUUCGAGCCAUCAAGGAGGGCCAGCCAGUACCCGUGUCAGUGCCAAUGCGUCUCCCAUCACCCCCAGUGCAGGUCCACACCAGCUUCUCCGUAGGGGAAAAACCCGGCUUCCUGGCCCCCCGGGACCUCUCCAAGCAUACCCCCCUCAUCUCCAAGAGCCAGUCCCUGCGCUGCGACCAAGGCUCUGGGGGUUGGGCUCGGCUACGGCCUGAAGAGGAGCGACACUCUCGACGGCCUCGGCCAGUGCAGCGCACACAGAGCGUCCCCGCUGGCCGUUCCGCCCGCCGUCACCCAUCCAAAGGACCUCGACCACGGCCCAAAGGAUCCCUGCGCACGGGUCCCGCGCCCCGUGGCAGACCCUGGACCGGAGUCUCUGCCUCUCUGCCUCGGAAACCAUCAGUGCCAUGGCAGCGCCACUUGGAACAACCGCGGGACGGGGACCAGGCACUGAGCACUCACCGACCUGUAGGCAAGCUGGCCGAGUUGCAGGGCGAGGUGGCCGCCGUGCGCCAGGAGCAGAAGGAGCUGUCCACCCUUGUAGAGGCGCUGGGUGCUCACGUGCGGGCCUUAGCGGAGCAGCAGGAGCAUCUACGAGGUCAGCUGCAGGACCUGGACAGCAGGCUCUGUGCUGGGACCUCGCAGUUGAAACCAGAGCACGAUCUUCCAAGCAGUGAGGGCCACAGGUUAAAGAGUCUGGAGCGUCGUGUGGCUGAGAUGGAGAGUACCCAGGCCCAGCUGAGGAAUGCCAUCCAAAACCUGCAACUUAUGCCCAGGACGCCGGGGCCCAGGAGCCAACCCUUGUCUCUCAAAGCACCCUGUACCAACGGAGACACCACCUGA